CUGGUGGAAAAGGGCAGCAAAUAACAUGAGUGAACGCAGGAGAGCAGAGUUUGUUGGUAAAAAUAAAGAGGCGCUAAGUUUGCUUGAGAAGCUGUAAAUUAAAACGUGGCAAGAAGUAUAGCUGCUGUGUGAAAGCUGCUGUGAUGUGAGAAACGUGUGAGGAAAAGGUCCAAUCAGCUAAACGCAGAACACCUGUUUCCACUAGCUGUAAUCACACCCCUCAUUCAACCAAUCCUCAUUCAACAAGUACAACACUUUAUCUCUUUGUUUAGUUGGUCUCAGCAGUGAGUGGCUGAACAAGUUGAUAUACCACAAUAUAAGUUCUAUUAGUUCUAUUAGUAAAGAGUCAGAGCUGCAGCUGUAACUCUGCUAGCUUCUAGCUGGCAGUUUGAUAUUGGAAGGAAUGUGCAGAAGAUCCUUCAAUGAUCCUGCAAAUGCUUUCCAAUCAGAGCAGCACCACACUGGAGCACUAAUGAGCAGACUGAGAGCAGCCCGAACACAGAUCUCCCAUCAGCUCAGGAGCAGCAGCAACUCUUGACGGCAUCUGAGGCACCGAGACGCAGGACUGAUCUGCAGCCAGCGGGGGAAAGGCGUAGGAGAGGUCGUGAGGUGGCUUCAAAAGGCAAAUUAGCAGCUGAGAAAGAGAGAGUGUGAGAGGAGAGGAUCGCUCCAGUGCAACAGCCGACCUUUCCCCACACUCGGAGGCUGACCCUCAGACUUUCCUCUUCCUGAAGACCCCCAUCCCUUCAAGGAGGAGCUCAGCCAUGGAGGAGAUGCUCACCUGCAGCCGCAGCCCUUUCUCCCAGGUGUUUGGGCGUCAGGGUCAGCUCAUGCAAGCCACGGUGCAGUCUCUGAACAGUCUGAAUGACCAGAUUGCAAGCUUCAUGGUGACUGGACCGAAGCCCGUGGAGCCGGAGCAGCCUGUCUUUCCUCCGACUGACAAGGAGCCGCUGCAGAAGUCCAUGACCCUGAUGAGGCACCUCCUCGUGGAUGCACAGGCAAAAAUCCUGAAAAUGAUGGAUGACAACAAGCAGCUGGCUCAGCGCAUCGAUGGGGCCAUCCAGUCCGCCAGCCAGGAGGUGACCAACCUGCGGUCAGAGCUGAGCGCCACCAGCCGCAGACUGGCCGAGCUGGGGGCAACCGACUCUGCCAGCGUGCUGGAGACCCUGCAGCACAACCACAACGAUCCUUCUUCCCACCCGAGGCAGAAGCCUCCGGCCACUGACCUCUGCUACAAGACUGAAAUCAGCAGUCUGAUGGACUUCAACUCUCCGGACGCCUCCCUGGACAAAGUCCUGCUGCGUGAGGAGGUGGCCCAGCUCCAGGAGGAGGUGCACCUGCUGCGGCAGAUGAAGGACAUGUUGAGUAAGGACCUGGAGGAGACCCAGGGCGGCUGCUCGGCCGACGUGCUCUCCGCCACCGAGCUCCGCGUGCAGCUGGCCCAGAAGGAGCAGGAGCUGAACCGAGCCAAGGAGGCUCUGCAAGCCAUGAAGUCGGACCGUAAGCGUCUGAAGGCAGAGAAAGCCGACCUGGUGAACCAGAUGCAGCAGCUUUAUGCCACACUGGAGAGCCGGGAGGAGCAGCUCCGCGACUUCAUACGCAACUAUGAGCAGCACAGAAAAGAGAGCGAGGAGGCGGUGAAGGCGCUGGCCAAAGAGAAGGACCUGCUGGAGAGAGAGAAGUGGGACCUGCGGCGGCAGACCAAGGAAGCCACGGAGCACGCGGGGAUGCUGCGCUCCCAGCUCGACCUCAAGGAGAACCGCAUCAAGGAGCUGGAGGCUGAACUGGCCAUGAUGAGUAACUCUGUCAAUCAGAGAAUGGAGUUCCGGGUGUUUGAGCGGGUUGCGGACAGGGACUACUCUCCUAGGGUCAUGGCGGCUAAACAGUCCCUCUCCACGCUGACCAAGGACGUGCCCAAGCGUCACUCUCUGGCCAUGCCCACGGAAGCGGUCGUCAACGGCAACAACCAGGAGUGGGUGAUGCAGGCUGACCUUCCGCUGACUGCUGCCAUCAGACAGAGUCAGCAGACCCUCUACGUCCACACGGGGCAUCCCACUGACAGACAAGUGGCUGCCGUGCGGGUGAGCCCGUGCCACUCGCGUCAGCCCUCCAUCAUCUCCGACGCCUCGGCUCAAGAGGGAGACCGGUCAUCCACACCCAGCGACAUCAACUCACCACGCCAUCGGACUCACUCCCUCUGCAAUUCCCUAGAAGAUCUGGAGGAGGCGAAGCGUAAGAAGAAGAAAGAGAAGAUGGGGCUGGGCUCUCUGUCGCGCGUCUUCGCCCGGGGAAAGCAGCGCAAGUCCCUCGACCCCGGUUUGUUUGAUGACUCGGACAGCCUCUCCAGCCCCACCCGCCACAGCCUCAGCCUGUCGGAUGGGUCCGAGGACCAGCUGGACCGCCUCCAGCAGGUGGAGCUGGCCAGGUCGACGCCCAUGUCCCAGUGGAGGGCCGGCACUGUGCAGGCCUGGCUGGAGGUUGUCAUGGCGAUGCCCAUGUACAUCCGCACCUGCUCAGAAAAUGUCAAGAGUGGAAAGGUUUUACUGGGGCUCACAGAUGAAGACCUGGAGCUGGGUUUAGGUGUCAGCAGUUUAAUGCAUCGCCGGAAACUCCGCCUGGCCAUCGAGGAUUACAGAGAUGCUGAGAACGGUAGAGGGCUGUCCAAGGCUGCAGACAUGGACCACCACUGGGUGGCCAAGGCCUGGCUGAGCGACGUGGGCUUGCCCCAGUACUCCCAGGCCUUUCACAACCACCUGGUGGACGGGCGCCUGCUGAACUCCCUGACGCGUCGCGACCUUGAACGUCACCUCAACAUCACCAAGAAGUUCCACCAGGUCAGCCUGCUGCUGGGCAUCGAACUGCUGCACUUACUCAACUUCGACAAGGAGGCGCUGCAGGCUCGCCGGAUACAGUGUGAGCACCAGAACGGGGAUCCGUUGGUAUGGACCUCUCAUCGGGUCAUGAAAUGGAUCAGAGAUAUUGACCUGAAGGAGUUUGCUGAAAGUCUUCUCGGCAGCGGAGUUCACGGCGCCGUCAUGGUGCUCGACCCCACUUUUAACACUGACGCCAUGGCGACGGCACUGGGGAUCCCUAACAACAAGCACAUGGUUCGUCGACACCUCGUUGAGGAGAUGAAAACCCUGAUUGGCCCGGCCAGGACGGAUGCCAAGCAGGACUACGAGGGUCUUGGCCUGGGAACGCCACCAACCCUCCUUCGCCAGAACUCCCUGGGCCGACCGCCCAGCUCCACCGGCCGACACACUGAUGACGAAGGCUCGCUGAGGAGGAGGGCUGUCAAGCCUCCGACAGGGUUCAGCCCCAAAGCCCGCAACGGGCGAGACCUGAGUUGCCACGGCAGCUACGGCUCCCUGCCUCGGGACGGUCGAGACCAGACUCCGCCCCGAGCCGAGGGAAGCCCCAUCCAAGGUUACACCAGCAUCGAGGUCACCAACGUGUGAGGUCAUCCGACGAAACACCAGCCGUCAGCUUCAUCGCAACUAAAAUCUUCAUCGUGGACAUUUGUCAUGUGCUCCUAAACACGGGAUGGUUAUUUUUUCUAAAGAGGACAGAUUGCACUUUUUAAACAGGAACAGGAUUCUUUUUUACAAGUUUCCUGGUUUAAGAAAAAAAAAAAAAGACUCACUGUGUGCAGGUGGUAUUUUGAUGUUUUUUUGGGGGGGGCAGUAAUUUCUCUUCCCCGACGCCAGAAUAAAGAGAUGAACGACAAGCUAAAUGAUUAUUUUUCUAUUUUUUUGUGCGUGUAAAUGGUUCUUUGUGAAUCAGGAUGUGACUUGGCAGUUUGUUUUUGUUGACUGGUUGCUCUUGACUGUUUCUCUGAGGGGAAAAGGAGAUUAAAAAAAGACUGUUUGUAUAAUAAUACAGGGUACUUGAUGACAAAGUUUCAUAUCAGUGUAAAUUGUUCUUGUUUCAUUCAGUUUGUGAUGCCUUGUCAGUGUAGCCGAGGACAGCGGACAGAAAAAAAAACAGACUUGAAAUGAAUUUUAAAUUCUAGAGUUUAUGUUUGAUAGUCAUUUUUCAUCUUGCACAUUUACACAGUUGUGUCUAAACAAAAUGUAGCACCCUCUUCUGAUGUUUUCUACUGUGCAGUAAACAUGGAAAAAAAAAUAGUUGAACAAUGCCAACAAAAGAUGACUGCAGAGCUGUACGUCCACAGACGCCUAGAAGGGCUGAACGCCGUGAGGAUGCAUAUAUGUGGGAAUGAAAGAGUUCCUUUUAAUGAAAUAAAGAUGACAUCUCAAAAUGAAUCGUCCUGUUGUACCCGUCUUCAGCAGAAAAUUCAAUAAAAAUACAGUGCCAAUGAA